AUGGAUAGUUCAUCAGAAUCUAUGAAUUAUGAAGAUACUUUGGUAAGUUCAAGCGCAGAUAUAAAUGAAAAUAACUUGGAUUGUGUAGUCAUACCAGAAAUUUGUUCGCAAAAAAGAAAAGAAUACACUGGUGAAUCUAGUAAAAAUAUUGAUGAUUACGUGUCAAAAUUAAACUCAGAAGAAAUAAAAAAUGCAAGAAUUACUGAUCAUAAUAAUGAUACACCAGAUAUAUCUGUUGGAUCAAGUAAUAUCAUCAUAAAAAAGAAAGCUGAAGCAUAUAUUGAUAAUAUUCGAUAUGGUGUGUAUAAUAUUGAAAUGGCGAAUGGAGAGGCUUGUGCUGCAAAAGUAAAGACUAGUGAUUCAACAAUGGCAUUAUGGAGACAUCUAAAUAUUGAGCAUGGAUACACUAAAAAUAGUCUAAACAAAAAGCAGACAACAAUAACAAAAGUAUUUGAAACUUCUUUAUCAAAACUGCAUAAUACAACUGAACAGGCUAUUUGUAAUAAGGCCAUUACUGAAGUCAUUGUUGUGCAAAAUCUUUCACUUUUUUUUAUAGAAGAAAAAAUGUUUAAACAAUUUGCAAAAAUUGUAGAUUCACGAUGGGUUGUACCAGGCAGAAGAAAG